GCGGGUUAGCGUGAGCAUUUAGCUUGAGCGCGACUCCUUGGAGGCAGCGAAAGCCGGCGCCAUGGUGGAGAAGGAAGAAACUGGCGGCGGCGGCGGCAUCAGUGAGGAGGAGGCGGCGCAGUAUGACCGGCAGAUCCGCCUCUGGGGGCUGGAGGCCCAGAAACGGUUGCGGGCCUCCCGGGUACUUGUGGUCGGCAUGAAAGGCCUUGGGGCUGAAAUUGCCAAGAACCUCAUCCUGGCAGGGGUGAAAGGAUUGACCAUGCUGGACCACGAACAGGUAUCUCCAGAAGACCCGGGAGCACAGUUUCUGAUCCGGACUGGGUCCGUUGGCCGAAAUAGGGCCGAAGCCUCUUUGGAGCGAGCUCAAAAUCUCAACCCCAUGGUGGAUGUGAAGGUGGACACUGAAAAUAUAGAAAAGAAACCAGAGUCUUUUUUCACUCAGUUUGAUGCUGUCUGUCUGACUUGCUGCUCCAGGGAUGUCCUAGUGAAAGUUGACCAGAUCUGUCAUAAAAACAGCAUCAAGUUCUUCACAGGAGAUGUUUUUGGCUACCAUGGAUACACGUUUGCCAAUCUUGGAGAACAUGAGUUUGUAGAGGAGAAGACCAAAGUUGCCAAAGUGAGCCAGGGGGUAGAAGAUGGACCUGAUAGCAAGCGAGCAAAACUGGAUUCACCGGAGACAACCCUGGUCAAAAAGAAGCUGGUCUUCUGCCCUGUGAAGGAAGCUCUGGAGGUCGACUGGCACAGUGAGAAAGCUAAAGCAGCCCUGAAGCGCACAACUUCGGAUUACUUUCUUCUCCAAGUGCUCCUGAAGUUCCGCACAGAUAAAGGGAGAGACCCCAGUUCUGAUACCUGUGGGGAAGAUUCUGAGUUGCUGCUCCAGAUUCGAAAUGAUGUGCUUGACUCUCUGGGAGUCAGUCCUAACCUGCUUCCCGAGGACUUUGUCAGGUACUGCUUCUCCGAGAUGGCCCCUGUGUGUGCCGUAGUUGGCGGGAUCUUGGCGCAGGAGAUUGUGAAGGCCCUGUCUCAGCGGGACCCUCCUCACAACAACUUCUUCUUCUUUGAUGGCAUGAAGGGAAGUGGGAUAGUGGAGUGCCUCGGCCACAAGUGA